AUUUUAAACGAAUUUUUUUUAACGAUUCAACCCGAUUAUUAUCUUUUAGACAGUGCAACAAUCUUCUUCAAUGACGGAACUCACAGAAGUAUCUAAUAAUAAAAUAUUUGGAGGAUGGCAAAAAGUUUAUUCGCAUAACAGCUCCGUCCUGGGCUGUAAAAUGAAUUUUGGAAUCUUCCUUCCACCACAAGCGGAAGAAGUUUCUGUCCCAGUUAUUUAUUUUCUAUCAGGACUAACGUGUACAGAGGCAAAUUUUAUACAAAAAGCUGGUGCCCAAAAAUAUGCUUCAGAAUGUGGUGUUGCUUUAGUAGUACCUGAUACCAGUCCUCGUGGAUCAAAUAUUCCUGAUGAAUCCGGCAGUUCGGACUUAGGAAUAGGAGCAGGGUUUUAUGUGGAUGCAACAAAAGAGCCGUGGAAAAAGAAUUACAAGAUGUACAGUUAUAUUACUAAAGAAUUAUCAUCAGUGAUUAAUGAAAAAUUCCCGAUACUCUCUGAUAAACAGUCUAUAAUGGGUCAUAGUAUGGGAGGUCAUGGGGCACUGAUCUGUGCACUUAAAAAUCCAGGUAUGUACAAAUCGGUUUCUGCAUUUGCUCCUAUUAGCAAUCCAAUUCAGUGCCCAUGGGGUAAAAAGGCAUUCUCUAACUAUUUUGGAGAAACAGAAAACAAUGUCUUAUGGAAUGACUGGGAUGCUACAGAAUUAGCUAAAAAAUACAAUGGUCCUCCUUUGGAUAUUUUAAUAGAUCAGGGAAAAGAAGAUAAUUUCUUAAAACAGGGUCAACUAUUGCCCGAAAACUUAUUGAAUGCUGCAAAAGAUGCUGGAUUACCUUUGGUUUUAAGAUUUCAAGAAGCUUAUGAUCAUAGUUAUUAUUUUAUAGCUACAUUUAUCGAAGAUCAUAUUAAACAUCAUAUGAAAUACUUAAAGAAUUAAAGAUAUUUUUUAUCAAAAUUUA